CAGCGUUUGGUUCUCACGAUUUGGUAUACCCGCACGUAUCACUACCGAUCAAGGUAGACAAUUCGAAUCACAGUUAUUCAACGAGUUAUCACGCAUGCUAGGCAUAUCACACUUACGCACAACGGCAUACCAUCCACAAGCAAAUGGAAUCAUCGAACGUUGGCACCGCUCUUUGAAAACAGCAAUUACCUGUGAUGAACGAGAUGAUUGGAUUAAUCGCCUACCUAUAAUCCUACUUGGUCUUCGAACAGCAUUCAAGCCUGACAUCGGAGCAACAGCUGCACAACUCGUAUAUGGUGCUAAUCUCCGGUUGCCAGGACAAUUUUUUCACGAUCGCCAUAUAAAUCAGCCACAAUCGGAUUUUGCCAAACAGCUCAUUGACGUUAUGAUAAAAAUACGACCAACCCAAACCGCAAAUCACGACGACACAAAAACCUUUGUAUUCAGCAAACUGGCAGAAGCAACGCACGUAUUUGUGCGCAACGAAAAAGCACGACCUGCGUUCGUACCAACAUACGACGGACCAUAUCAAGUUAUCUCCAGACACCCGAAAUACUUCACCAUCAAAAUCAACAACCACAACAAAAGUAACAUUUCCAUAGACCGACUAAAACCAGCCUUUAUCGAAACACUGCAAUCGGAUAUCCAACCAUCGAAAACGUCAACGCAACAAAAUCCAGACCAAUCGCAAACAACAACAUCACCAUCGAACCAGAUAUCUACAAGCAAUCCGCCUACAAACCGUAUCGGACGAGAAAUAAGACUUCCCGUACGUUUCAGAACGUGAAGUCUGGGGGGACCUAUGUGGCAACACAGAUUGAACAGACGACCCGAUGGCAACCCUGACAAUAACAGGACAAGAGAAGAACGCCAUUGAACGAAGAGUUUUGAGUUUCAUCUAACCGCCGGCGAAGACGGACGUAUAUACCAACCCGCACAUACGACAUUAAUAUUAUACAAAUUUAUUUUUAAUGAAGUUAAUUCUUAUAAUUGUAUUUCUUACAUACUAGUGUAAAUAAAUAGAUAAAAACGAAACAAUUGCCUACUAUACCCACAACGUUCCUUUCAAAGCGUAAAAGCUUUAUCGUUGUUUAUGUUCAAUUUUGUCAUUGACGGUAUGGCAAAAAAUUAACUCAUUGUCGCCGGGCUUUUUCAACUCAGAACAUUUAAAAAUUCAUUCCUCGCUUUAUUGUUAUGGGCCCAGACACAAAUUGUGGUCGUAUCUUGUGUCUGGCUUAAUUAAAGAAAGUGUUGCGUUCGGUUGAAGAAAUAAAUAAAUAAAAGUGGUAUUAACUGUGGGCAAAAGCCGAAAGAACUGCCAAAAGUAUUACAAUAUAAUUCAAUUUUUAAGCGAUUCGUUUUUAAGUUUUGCUAGUGCAGAGUGUACCGCAAGAGACAUUUUUUUUUAAUUUGGACAAAAUAUACGAGCGUAAAAGUGUUGCAUCUCAAUUGUCCGUAAGAAAACAAUUACUUUCGUUAAAACUAAAGCCAAAUUUAAAUUUAAUGAAUCAUUUCAAUGUGUUUGAUGACUUGGUCACAGAAUUAAUUAUUUCGGGUGCAAAAGUUGAUGAAAUGGACAAAGUAUCACAUUUGUUACUAACUCUUCCCUCGUCAUAUGAUGGGAUCAUAACAGCAGUCGAAACUCUGUCUGAACAAAAUUUAACUUUGGCAUUUGUUAAAACCAGGCUGCUGGAUCAUGAAAUAAAAUUGAAAUUGGCACAAAAAGAUACGAGCUUAAAAGUUCUGCAAGCUGUUGGAAAUUGUGAACCUAGUGAAUACAAAGCAAAUAAUAAAUUUAAAGCAAAUAAAAAGGUUAACUUAAAAUGUCACCAUUGUAAGAAAAUCGGGCAUAUUAAAAGAGACUGCUUUAUAUACAAAAGGCAACAGAACAAUCAAAAUAAAGAUAAAGCUAAGCAAGUGCAGACGGCUGCUGUCCAAUCUAAUACCGGUUUCGCGUUCAUGUUAAAAACUGUAAUCAACUACGAAAAUAAAAAUUCGAAAAAUAUAUUUUUUAUUUUGGACUCAGGCGCAUCCGACCAUAUGGUAUAUGAUAAAAGUUUACUGCUAAACGGUACUGAGUUGGAACAGCCAAUUAAAAUUGCAAUUGCCAAGAGUGAGGAAUAUACAUACGCAACAGCUAUGGGCACGAUGAAGAUGAAAAACUCCUGGCAGUCAAAUGUAACGCUUAAAAAAGUCUUAUACUGUGAGAAUAUUCCACAAAACUUACUAUCGGUAAAUAAAAUGACGGAUGCCGGCAUGAAGGUUGUAUUUUCGACAGGAGGUGUGGAAUUAUCAAAAGGUGGUGAGGUACUUUUUAAAGCUCUGUGGAAUGACGCUCAUCGUUUCCGGUUUCUAUUUGUUCACCGAUUCCAAGCGCAUCCUACUUUCUCGCUUGUUGGCUGCCACUAGUGAGAAACUCAACAACUUACCUCAGCCCUUGUUCUACUACAUCUCGGUUGGUCUGGCUGUGGCCGGCUUGGUGGCAGUGCUCGCCGCUAUAACCGGCUUUUGGGCGUCCUGUCUACACACUUACUGUUGUCUCAGUUUAUAUUUCUUCGCUGUGGUCGUCUUGCUCUUAGCCGAGUCGAUGGUCUGCCUGGCCAUCACUUUGUGGCCCCACUGCCUGGGCAUCAGCUUGGAUGAGUCUAAAAUGGUAAAGACCCUGCAGGGCAACUAUGGUGUUCCCGGUAAAGAACAGUUCACCAUUGCCAUGGACUUGGCACAAGCACGUUUCGGUUGCUGCGGAAUGAAUAGCGACAUCAAUUAUGAUACCUCUCUCUGGAAGUUGCAACGUUAUGGUCAACGUGAGUGGGUAGUACCACUCACCUGUUGCAUCUUGACAAAUGCCAAUGAGAAGAUGUCCUACUUGGAUCCAAAGCCAGUGAAUGAAUCACAGUGUCAAAUGUUACAGAAAUCUGAUUUUGCGGAACAUCGCCAUACAGCGCCUUGCCUCACUUAUUUGGACAACUGGUAUCGUGAGCAGUAUGUGCUGUUUUUGUGCGCCAGUCUUAUUGUUGCCAUUGUGGAAUUUUGUGUAUUGCUAUCUAUAAUUGUGAAUUGCACAAAAAUAGGUAGCAAACAUUUUAUGGUAGAGAAAUCAGCAGAGAUGCGAAAUGUGCGCGAUAAAAGGCGCCAAACCUUGGUGGAGAAUAUUUACAAGAAGGAUAUGGAGUUGCGGACGGUAAAUGCCACUUUCGGAGGCAAUGAGGAUAGCAUAUUUUCUGAAGAUUUAAAAGAGAUAUAUAUACAACCACGUAAUCUGUACAAACAACGGCACAGCACCACCUUCAAACCAAUUGCCAGUGACAGCAGUUCCCCGAAACGAAGUUACUUAAUAUAGGAAACAACCGCAAACAUUUGACUGUUCAUCCGCUAUGCCUCCCGGCACUGUGUGUGAGGCUGCAAUAUUUAUAAAUUAAAAUCUCUCGUACUUUGUAUAGUUGUUUUUUUACUACUCGUACCGUAAACAAUAAAAUAAUACCAAAGUGUAUACAAGUACACAUAC